GGAAGAGAGAAGUGUUGGGUACAAGUGUAUAUAUAAGAGAUGGCACUGACAAGCAUGAACAUAUUUUUUUGGUUUCCCUAGUAUAGUUUGAAUUCCUGGUUUAUAUAUGUUAGGAGCUCCUGAGAGCAGAAAAAUAUCUAUCACAUAUAAACAGUAUUGUGAAAGGGGGUUGUGAAUGUGGGCUACAAGUAGAUUUUGUUUUUAAACCUGUUGCUGAUGGAGCCAUGAUCAGACACAGACCAUUCCAUGUGGAGCCUACAAACAUUGUUAGUGUGAAUGAUGACACACAAAGAGUUACAGACGAAGCAUCAGCAAUGAAUAAGCGGAUUCAUUACUAUGGCAGGCUUACUUCUCCAUCAGACAGGGCAUUGAUUGCUCCUGAUCACGUUCUUCCAGCUCCAGAUGAAAUCUAUGUGUACAGCCCAUUAGGAACUGCUUUCAAAGUGGAUGGGUGCACAGAAAGCUAUGGUAAAAACUCCAGCAUAGUAACAAUAUUUAUGAUCUGGAAUACAAUGAUGGGUACAUCUAUACUAAGUAUCCCAUGGGGAAUAAAACAGGCAGGAUUUACCAAUGGAAUUAUUUUGAUAUUACUAAUGGGACUUUUGACACUUUACUGCUGUUACAGAGUUUUGAAAUCACGGACUAUGAUAGAAACUUCAAAAGAUACUUCAAACUGGGAAUUCCCAGAUGUUUGCAAGCACUAUUUUGGAUCCUUUGGUCAAUGGUCCAGUCUCUUUUUUUCAAUGGUAUCACUUGUUGGAGCCAUGGUUGUUUAUUGGGUACUUAUGUCCAACUUCCUGUUCAACACAGGAAAAUUUAUAUACAAUUAUGUUAAUGACAUUAAUGUCACAGAUAUCAUGUCUGGCACUAAUGGAAGUACUAGAGUCAUAUGUCCAGGUAUUCCCAAUGAUCCUCAACCAGACAACAACAGUGAGACGUUACGUUCUGCCAAUAACUCAGACUUCGAGUUGUUCGAGAUGUGGUGGGGCAAAUCAAAAACCGUGCCAUUUUAUUUGAUUGUUGUUCUUCUGCCUCUGCUGAAUCUGAAGUCGCCUUCUUUCUUCGCCAAGUUUAAUGUCCUAGGUACAGUUUCAGUUGUCUACUUAAUUUUUCUUGUCACCGUGAAAGCUGCACAUCUGGGAUUCCAUAUAGAAUUCAGCUGGUUCACAUCUAACAAAUUCUUUGUGCCAGAAUUUAGAAUUCUGUUUCCUCAGUUUACAGGAGUUCUGACACUAGCCUUCUUCAUCCAUAACUGUGUUAUCACUCUCCUUCAGAAUAACAAAAACAAAGAAAACAAUGUGAGAGACCUUUCCAUUGCUUAUUUCCUCGUAGGGUUGACAUAUCUCUAUGUUGGAGUGUUAAUUUUUGCAACAUUUCCUUCUCCACCAUUAUUCAAAGAGUGUAUUGAGCAGAAUUUUUUAGACAAUUUCCCGAGCAAUGACAUCAUGUCAUUUGUUGCAAGAAUGUUCCUGCUGUUCCAGAUGAUGACUGUGUAUCCAUUGCUGGGCUAUCUUGCAAGAGUUCAGCUGUUAGGACAAUUCUUUGGAAAUAUUUAUCCAAGUAUUUUUCAUGUGUUGGCUCUGAACAUAGCAAUUGUAGGAGCUGGAGUGGCAAUGGCAAUAUUCUAUCCCAAUAUAGGAGGUAUCAUACGGUAUUCUGGAGCAACAUGUGGUCUUGCCUUUGUAUUUGUGUAUCCAUCCCUCAUCUACAUGAUCUCCCUGCGUGUUGUGGGGAAGCUGACAUGGCCAAUACUAAUCACUCACAUCUUUAUAAUCAUCCUAGGACUGGCAAAUCUGAUUGCACAGUUCUUAUUAUGAAAAUUCUUCGUGGGUAUCACAAAUGACCUUUGUGAGAUUUGAUUACAGCCUUGAACACUAAAUGCUGAGGACUGCAGAUCUGAUUCUGUUUCUACAUAAGAAAACUUGCACUUUCAAAAGCAAUGGACAAAGAUGUCUUAGCAGCAGUAUUCAGGAGUUGGAAAGUAAAAGCAUCUUGCUCUUUUGAAAAUGCUAUAUCGCAAUAAAUAAAUAGGUCAAAUUUUGUUCAUAAUUCAGUUCCAUUAGGUACAGGGAAGCUACAUCAGGGAUGAAUUUCGCUUUCUAGAGAAACAUUUUCAUAUGGAUAAAAGAUGGUACAGUUCACUUUUAAACAGCUACAUUUUUAUUCUUAUUUUGUGGAAUUCCCCUUUUUUUCUAAGAAAUAAGUGUUCCUAUUCUUAACAAACAAGCUCUUGUCAUGUUGUACAAUGACAGUUCUAAAUAUUAGUAGCUGCAGUGAAUUUUAGUGCAUUGUUUCGAACCAAACACUUACUGAAAAAAGGGUUAUGUUUGUGAAGCCAUUUUUACAGCUACUUGAAUUGCAAUAUGCCCUCCUGUACAGGCACUACAAAUUUGUUUGGUAACUUUUUUUUCUUCCUUUUUGCAGGCUGUCUCAGUUAAAAAACACAUAAAAAGGAACUGGGAUACAGGCACUGUAUUUGGGCUCCCAGAAUAAGUGAUGUUGUGACAGUAGGGAACAAAUACAGAACAAAUUGGUGGCUCAACUGGAGUUAAGACACAGGCUCCCUCUCACUUUAGGCCCUUUAACAUAGGGGUCAGCAACACACAGCCCAAGGGCAGUAUCCAUCCCACAGAGCCAGAGGACUUUGCUUUGCAUUCGUACAGGCACCACUUCCCCAGCUCCUCACUCAGUGGCUGUAGGGUGCAGAGCUGGGGGAACAGGAAAAGCAGUGUCCCUGCAGACAUGGCUUUUAGCUGCCUGGCCCUGGUAUGGGUGCAGGCAAAGCCCCCAGUUGCUGACGUGCCACCGAAGCCACCCACCCUACAUUGAACCAGAGCCAGGUUCUAGCCUGCAGCUUAUUAAAGGUUUCCUCCUACUGCUUUUGAAACUAAUCAUUAGAUUAGAUACUCGGGUGCUUUCAUGAGUCACAACUUUAACUCUGCAGAGCAUUCUUGCAUUUCUGGUGUAGGCCUCCUUGUAUCUCUGCAGGAUCACAGACUGAAAAUGUCGUUGUGGAAAAAUAGCAUUCUUCAACUCCGCUCUACAAUUCUUGGAAAGAUGUUGACAUGCUGACAAAAUAGCACUCUUAAAUAUUGUAGGCUAAACUGAAUGAGAAUGCACAAAUACUUAAAACAAUUAUCUUUUUGUGUAUCUCUGCAAUAGUCAGUAUUAAAAAGCAGUUGAUCUAAUAUGCAAUGUAAACCAAAUUUUCAGAACCUCUGGUGCAAAAUUAUUGAUAUCAUUACUUAGCCAGGUAUUACAGUACCUUCAGACAGUCAGCUAGGUGGUUAAUUAGUCUAAUAUCUUUCCUAUUAAUGUUACUGCAUGUGCAACUUGACACCUAUAGUUGUAAAAAGCUAAACCCAUGACGGUAAAGUAGAUACCAGUAAGGUAUUGCCUGAAGGAAGCUUUUAGGACUACAAAAAAUGUGCACAAAACUGGAAAUGUACACAGGUAAAUCAGAAAUAAAGAUUGAGAUUUCUGUGAAGUCC